AUGGCUACCGAAAGAACUGCUCAUGAAGAAGUUCGAUAUUCAUGUUGUGAUUUAGAUUUUCCAGGAUUACCUGUAGAUGUUCAACGAUGUCUACUUCUUGAAGAAGUGAAAUGGUAUGCGCCAUUCCUGAAAUUCCUCAUUAUUUUUCUUACCAUCCCAAUGGGUGCCGCUCUGUUAGUUAAAAUUUUCAAUAUGUACAUGGGUACAUUGGAGAGAAAUUUUAAAAUGGAUUCUGUUCAUAUCCAUAUUUUGAACACUUUACGGCUAGAGACUAUCGAAUACUUCUACGUUCAAGGUAGCUCAACUAGAGCAUGUUGGAAACAUGCCUAUUACUGCUUCUUCUAUUUAAUCUUAUGGCUCGCGCUAACUGCAUUCGGUUAUGCAGCCUUGGUGAUGCAAAUCUAUCCAUCAGCGUUUAUGAUUGUUCCAGAAAUUUACGGUGUUGCUAUACCGCCUUCUAUAACAGCUGCUACCGUGCCUGCUGGUAUAUUACAUUUAUUUGCUACCAUAAUCAUUAUAAUAACACACCUAAAGCAAUUAAUUUGCCUUCAUCAACCUGAAAGGCAAGAUAGAAGCAGACUUUUACCUCAAGAUAGAUAUUUAGCGCCAAUGAGCGCUGGGCGAACAAAUUUACAAUUUAAGAAUAUGAUAACGGAUUUGACGAAAAAUUUAUUAUCAUUGAAGAUAGUGGUAUUCUUCAAUAAUUUAAUACAAGUUUUGGUCUAUCUACCAUUUUUUUUAACUAAAUCAAGCACUGUCAUCCCCAUUGUGAUAUUUUUAACGGAGGUAUUGACAUUGCGCUUAAAAUAUCAUCUUCUCCCUAUCAACUCCAAAUUGAAAGUACUGAAUUGCAUUCUGGCACCAGUUUUAUUUUUGAUAGCUUUCUGCUAUUCUGUUAUAACAGUAUUCCAAUUUUGGAUUAUUUUUCAAGCCUUCUUUCGUAUUAUCAUUACUGUAACAACAUUUAUUAUAACUUAUUCCGUCUACUUUAGUGUCGCUAUUGUUGUGAUUAUUCCGUAUUUGUAUGUCGUAAUUGCCUACUUGGAUGAUUAUACAGAAAAAUUACACUCACUACCACUACUUAUUAUGAAGUUAGACUCAGCCGUGGAGCAGGAAGUUGAUAAGAUACUCAAUGCAGAAAAUGGAAAGUUAAUAAUUGAUUUCUUAGUUGGUAGUAAUAAUGCUAUAGAAGUUGAUGUACCGGAAAUGUUAAAAGGAACUGUAAUCGAAAUUACAAUUCAAAACUAUAUACGACGUCUUGUUGAAGACCAUAGAUUUGAAAUCAAUGUUGGAAUGUCCCAGAUGGUCCUAAAUUAUAGAAGAGAUGGCAAUACAAUUAUUGAGGUAACACUACCUGAAAAUGAGAACUAUCCUAUUCUGUGUGCUAAUAGUGAAGGUAAAGAUAAUUUAUUGACAGAGAUUAGUGCACACUUACAAAAUACCUCUAUCGACACCCAUCGUGAAAGAUUAGUGAAAACAUUUUAUGACAUUACAAGGAUCAAUAGUGCGCGUUAUUCUGGGAUUCCGUUAGAGCUUUUUCAUUAUUUACGGUAUUACGCUCCUACAGUGUCCCUUAACUUAUGGUCAGUUGUCGUAAACUUCCUGAUUAUUACAGGAUUAUUUCUGACAUUUCUUUUAACGCUAUUGCUUCAUUCUCAUUCCUGGUCUUUCACAUCAUUGACUACUGCUGCUGCUAACACACCUAUCCUAUUCAUUGGUACUACUCUAACACUAAGAUACUUCAAAAUUCCUCUAGCAACCGAGAAAGAAACAUCUGAAAUACUAUUAGCUAAUCUGAUACACUAUAGAAGAGGCUAUAGGUUAUUCUGUACAAGAGGUCUCGAAUAUAAACCUUUGUCUAAACUAGUGAAAAUUGCACUUACCGGCAAGAAUAUCUGA